AUGAAAGAACUUGCACGUUCGUUUGUUUACUGGCCAAGAAUUGAUGCGGACAUCGAAAGAACGGUGAAAUCUUGCUGUGAGUGUGCUCGUCAAGCGCACGCUCCACCCAAAUUCAGCGAACAUCACUGGCAGUAUCCCAAAGGCCCCUGGGAGAGGAUACACAUUGAUUAUGCAGGUCCAGUGGCAGGUUCAAUGCUGCUGAUUGUAGUCGAUGCGUACAGUAAAUGGUUGGAGGUCAAGGUCACCGCCUUUGCAACAACAGCAGCAACGAUUGGGAUUAUGGACGAGCUAUUUUCCCGUUAUGGAGCGCCAGUCACUGUUGUUUCAGACAACGGUCCGCAAUUUACGGCCGCGGAAUUCAAGGAGUUUCUGCAGAAAAGUGGAGUCAAGUACCACAAGUUGUCGGCCCCCUACCACCCUGCAACGAAUGGUCAGGCCGAACGUUACGUUCAGACGACGAAGGAUGCACUGAAGGCAAUGGGAACCACAGCGUCGACGUUGCAUUCAAACCUGAACGUUUUCUUACAGAAGUAUCGUUUAGCUCCACAUGCAACCACCGGAGAAUCACCGUCCAAAUUGUUCCUUGGGCGAAACCUCAGAACGCGUUUAGAUCUCCUCAAGCCUGAAGAUGUUCACCUGAGAGUCACGACAAAGCAGCAAAUCAAUUUUGACCGAACUUUUCGUGAAUUCAGCUGGGGUCAACCUAUCUAUUUUCUUUCCGGUAAUUCCCGUAUGGAUAAGUGGAUUCCUGGUGUAAUUGCAGAUCGACUAGGAGAUCUCCACUACGAAAUCGACUACGCUGGAAAACGGUUCAAGCGUCACAUCGAUCAAAUUCGUUCGAGGCUCGGUGCAAACGGUCAUCUCAUGGUUGAAGCACCCGAAGCAGAAAAGUCAAGCCAGCAGGAUGUGCCACGACGUGUAACUGUUCAGUUCUCCGAUAAUGGUGUUACAGUUCCGAGAGCACCAUCAACUCCGCUGAAUCCAAGGAAUCUUCGAGGUGCUCCUGGCGAACCAGUUACUCCAGAGUUUCAUACGCCAUCUGGUAGCCCAGUUCAUCAAGAUGCAAAUUCUUCUCCCUUCAUAGUGCGUCGUUCGACAAGAGAACGCCGCCCUCCCCGCAAAUACUCACCGUAG